AGCUGUUACGAAAUACGCGAAGUGCUAAUACCCCUCUCCUGCUUGUUCUCCCAAGGAAGCAGCACACGCGGGUCCUCAACGUGGCUUUUCGUUUCUGUACGCUUUCCUCCCUCUCCUCCUUCUACAAAGAGGAAAAGCCUAACCGAGCGGUGCAUUGGCGUGCUGACCCCCCCCCUCAAGGUUCAACUUGAAAGCGAAGCAGAUAAAGGACGCUGCGUAGUCAACCGCUCGCCUUUUUUGACGCCUGCACCUUUCCUUCCCCCAUUCCUCCACGGUGAAGGAUGCUCUCGUGUGCGCCGUGGCGUUGCUCGCUGGCCGCGGCCGCGGUAGCCUCGCACAUGCGCAACAGCAGCACUAACCUGUACUGCGCGAUGCGACUCCGCACAUCAGCCACCACACCGCCGCCGCCGCCCGCCACCGUGCCGCCGACGCCGUCGGAGCAGCGCUUAGCGACGUUCAAGCGCUUCUACGAGACGGUCACGCGCUGCAGUACGGCCACGUCGCUCCCCCCUACCCCGCUGGGCCACGGCGGCAGCGAGCGCAUUCUGAACAACGAACUGCUACACGAGUCACCGUGGCAGGCGAGCUGCGUGGAGGUGCGCGAGCGGGUCGUGGCGGAGGAGCGGCGAGUGUUGAGUUACGACAACAUCGACUUCGCCCGCCUGCGCCGCGGAGGCCGCCUGGCCGCGGAGGGCAAUACCCCGCGUCCGUACUCCAACGCGGAGGAUGUGUGGCCGAAAAGGGCGACGCCGCAGGGCCCUGGACUGGACGUUGUGCACUACUACGAGACCUCCUCGGAGGCUGGGCUGGCGGGUUAUCAGCGAAUUGCGAUGCAGGUUCGGAAGGGGGUGCUGCCGGGCUCGUGCACCAACUUCUCUGCGGAGUGCGGCUUUGCGGUGUGGGUUGUGCCGCUCGACCGCUACGCGCAGGCGAUGAAGGCGGUGGGUUUACUGCCCAAGUAG